CCGCACAUAAUCAAGCUGUAAGUUCAUGGAUGUUUCCGUUCGAGAAUAAUCUCUCUGACGCUGGGUGUUCCUCGAGAAACGGAGCUCUCCCGUUCAAUGGGCAAAAUGAAUGUUGGCAGGUUUUCAGGUACCAAGUUAUCAGCACCCCAUCUGAUAUAUUUAUGGUGAUGGAAUAUGUUUCAGGAGGUGAACUGUUUGAUUACAUCUGUAAAAAUGGAAGGCUUGAUGAAAAGGAGAGUAGACGUCUGUUCCAGCAAAUCCUUUCUGGUGUGGAUUAUUGCCAUAGGCAUAUGGUAGUGCAUAGAGACUUGAAACCUGAAAAUGUACUGCUUGAUGCACACAUGAAUGCCAAGAUUGCCGAUUUUGGCCUCUCGAAUAUGAUGUCAGAUGGAGAAUUUUUAAGAACAAGCUGUGGUUCUCCUAACUAUGCUGCUCCAGAAGUAAUUUCAGGAAGGUUAUACGCAGGUCCUGAAGUGGAUAUAUGGAGCAGUGGAGUUAUUCUCUAUGCUUUGUUAUGUGGAACACUUCCAUUUGAUGAUGAUCAUGUGCCAACUCUUUUUAAGAAGAUAUGUGAUGGUAUCUUUUAUACGCCUCAGUACCUGAAUCCAGCAGUAAUUAGCCUUUUGAAACACAUGCUGCAGGUGGAUCCCAUGAAGAGGGCUACAAUCAGAGACAUAAGGGAACACGAAUGGUUCAAGCAAGACCUCCCCAAGUACCUCUUUCCCGAGGACCCGUCUUACAGUUCAACAAUGAUUGACGACGAAGCCUUAAAAGAGGUCUGCGAUAAAUUUGAGUGCACAGAGGAGGAGGUGCUGGGCUGCCUGUAUAACCGGAACCACCAGGAUCCUUUAGCAGUCGCCUACCACCUGAUUAUCGAUAACAGGAGAAUAAUGAAUGAAGCGAAAGACUUCUAUUUGGCUACGAGCCCACCAGAUUCCUUUCUCGACGAUCACUUCUCCCGCCCCCACCCCGAAAGAGUGCCAUUUUUAGUGGCCGAAACGCCAAGGCAACGCCAUACGCUCGACGAGCUAAACCCACAGAAGUCCAAACAUCAAGGGGUCAGGAGGGCUAAGUGGCAUUUGGGAAUCCGGAGUCAGAGUCGACCCAACGACAUCAUGGCAGAAGUUUGUCGAGCAAUCAAACAGCUGGAUUACGAGUGGAAGGUUGUGAAUCCAUACUACUUGCGUGUUCGAAGGAAGAAUCCAGUGACCGGCACAUAUUCCAAAAUGAGCCUCCAGUUAUACCAGGUGGACAGUAGGACUUACCUAUUGGAUUUCCGUAGCAUUGAUGAUGAAAUCACCGAAGGAAAAUCGGGGACUACCACUCCCCAGAGGUCAGGCUCUGUGACGAACUACAGAUCUUGUCAGAAGGAUUUGGACACUGACGCUCAAGGAAAAUCCUCUGAUAUGUCUCUUACCUCAUCCGUGACCUCUUCCCUUGAUUCCUCUGCAACCGAGUUAACCCCAAGAUCAGGGAGCCACACGAUAGAAUUUUUUGAGAUGUGUGCAAAUCUUAUUAAAAUACUUGCACAAUGAUUUGUAAGAUUGGCUUUUUUUUUUACAGCAAUAAGCAUGCCUAAAAAAAAAGAGAGAGAGAAAUCAUAGUCUGAUGCUUCCAGUUAUAAUCAAGUUGUAGUUAACUUUGGCGCUGAGAAGACUAGCCACAUUGCAAUUUGCACAGGAAUUGAACAUACAUUUAAAAGCAGUCUAGACCUCUUAACGUAAUGAAGCAAAUUAUGAUUAGACAGUCACUGUUAUGAUAACAGGUACAAAAAAAAUAUGACAGCCUUUUCCAGCAAGAGUUUAUCUUUCAUUGUACGCACAUUGGGACUUCAUGGAGUAUUAACCGUGUGGAUCAUUUUUGUAGUAUGUAUUUCUAUUGCUGAUAUUAUUUACCUGUUACAGUAUAAGUGGUCACUUUCUAGAUGAGGGGUGACUCUUUGGAUCCCAGCCUUCAGCUGCACCCUCCUCUGUCAGUAUAAGCGUUCUCUUUGUCAAACAGCUCUUGAAACUUGUGGCACUGGUCUCAGGUUUUUGGCAGCCAGUGGUGCGCUUGGAUUAAAAAAGCUAAAGCAGGCAUCCCCAAACUUGGGCCCUCCAGAUGUUUUGGACUAUAAUUCCCAUCAUCCCUGACCACUGGUCCUGUUAGCUAGGGAUCAUGGGAGUUGUAGGCCAAAACAUCUGGAGGGCCGCGUUUUGGGGAUGCCUGGGCUAAAGCAACGCCUACUUUUGCUAGUCAAUGUGUUGGCAGAUGCAACUAGGUUGUACGCAGAGUAGACCCAUUAAAAUGAAAGGACUUAAGUUAGUCGCAUCCAUUGAUAUAAAAGCGUCUACUCUGAGUAAAUCUUAGUUAGAGGCAACCCAAUGCCGGAAACCCUAUGCAUUUGAAUUCUGCAUAAAGCAUAAGAGUGAAAAUUGUAAGGCCAGAUAGAGUCAAUCAAAGCAGUGUUGGGUUAGAUAUUGUGGUAAGAGUGGAAGAAAUGGGCCGGGAUCUAAAGAAUCCCGGAACCUGUUUUUGAGUCUGAGGGCGGCUUUAGGCGUGACUUUUCUUGAGCAGCCACUGCAUAUUCCACACACAUGUUUCAGAAGCAUUUCAGGGACCUCUGUUUAGUUGGGGGAGCAAUUCAGAAUUUCCACCACACUUAGUGCAGGCUCUUUCUGUGAGCCUAAUCGGAUGCUUGGAUCUUGUUGGUGGGAUUUAGUCAAGAACUGCAGAGAGCAGGGGAUGGAAAACCUUAGUCCGUGGACUGGAUGCAGCUCAUAACCAGAGUUCAUCCAGCCUGUGGGUCCCCUCUUGACCACCAGCUGCUCUGUAGGGUGGGAAAAGGCCUUUGAUGUUGUGCAAAGUCUGCAAUUCCAGCUCCUUCCUCUGCAAAGAGAUCUGCUGGAAUGUGGCCCCCAACAGCUAAUGCGGCCCUCAGCCCCCCAAAAAUAUUAUCCACCCCUGACUUAGGGAAAGGGGCUCUCCAGCCUCUGGUGCUACCGAUCUUUAAAGUCAAGAAUAUACUUGGUAGGUUCACAACUGUGUAGAUUCAGUGACCCAGCUUCCUGCAUGCUACUUACAGGAUGUAGCUCCUGUGCCUGCACCCAAAUGAGCAUGUGGCUCAUCAGACAGUCCCAAGUGGAUUGGUGCAUGCAGUUCUGGAAUCUUGCACUGAGAAUUCCUUGGCGCCCUGUUUUCAUAUGGCUUUCAUAUACAGAUUUUUUGGCAGAUUACUCUUCUGGUAAUGGCCUGUGUUGCAUAAAUCACUUUUUUUACACAACUUUUUAAAUACUGAAUUCAGAUUUCUAAAAAAAAAUAAGUAGCUUUGGUUCAGUUUUGAAAUGUACAGGAACCUCUUGAUUAAAGGUUCCUUGAUUAAAAAAUGAGCGAGCAGGUUUGGCUGCUAGAAACUUAAGUGUGCUUUUCAGUAAUGAACUGCAAGUGUUGACAGAAUGGCCAGCAACAGCAAAAAGCACCUGGCUGUGUUGUGGGUUUUUUAAAUGUUUAUUUGAUGAAUUUACUCCAAAGAACAUGUUGAUUUAAAUGUUUUUGUGUGUGCGUUUUUUAAAAAGAAUUGCAGAAGGAUAUGCCAGUUGAAAUGCUACAUCCCAAUCAUGAUCAACACAUACUUUGGUCUGUUCCCUUAAUCCUGGCUAGGAUUUCAAGCACACCAAACACACAGUGAAGCUGGCCAAGCUAAGUCCUAAGCUUAGUUUGCCAAUCUAAGUCCUGCCCCAAAUAAUAAGGUACAGAAGACCUGCCUUUCACCUUGCAAGCAGGUAGAGCAAACUGCCUUUCCCAUGGUGCUUUGCAGAUGUAGCACUUUCACCAUGGUUAACGCAAACUGUUUUUGCACCUUAGUUUGUAGCCAAUCCUUAACCAUGAUUUAGGUCAGCCUUCCCCAAACUGGUGUCCUUUCAGAUGUUGUUGUACUAUGACUUUAUUAUCUCUGACCAUUGUCUCCUGGCUGGGGGUGAUGGGAUUUGGAGUCGAUAAGAACACCCAAAGGGCAUCAGGUUGGUUAAGUAUGAUUUAAGUGUUCAGACGGUUAAGGAAAACACAACCAAGUUAAGUGCUAUGUUUCCUGCACAGCACCUGCAGAUCACAGAAAACGGAUCUCUUAUUCAUUCAUUUUGGUGGUUAUCUUCCAAAUGUAUUGCACCAGCAAUAAGUAGAGAACCACCCGAGGAAGCAAUCCUCUUUGAACUGAUAUAAUAUUAAUCUGGAUCUGCUGAGUGAGCUAAUGGGAGAAUUUAUAACAAUAAUUUUUCGGUGUAAUGAGCUAAAAUAUGAACAAGCCUUUUAUGCUGCCUCUUCGCUCCUUGCUUUGUGAUAGGAACAAACCAAACAAGAAGCCUUCAAUUAAUUAUAGUUCCCUGUUUUGUAUGAACAGAGAAACCGUAGUUAGCAGCUUCAGAACAAGGCAACAUUUCCCACCAAAUUCAAGCUGUGGUUUAAUACUUGGCCUGUUGGGUUAUCCAUAGUUUUCCAAUUAGGACAAAAUGGAAAACUAUACCUGAUUUCCUUGCUAGCUAAUGCGAAGGGGCUUUGUAACACUUGUUCACAGCUUGCCUUUAAACCAAGGUAAUGAUUGUCCCAACAUAGUCAAUAUCUGCGCUUGAAUAUGCACUGAGUUAGAAUAAACAUGCAGCUGCUUAAGCCCACAUCUGCUGCAUGAAUUCAUGCACUGUCGACUGUCGGUAGUUUAACUAGAAGGAAGUUGGACCAUUGCAUGGCUUAUUAUGGUGUCAAAAGCCCAUAAACUCCAGCUACUUGGGAAUUUUGCCAUGCCCUGGUCUUUCAGAGCCAGAUACAUUGAAUGGUCUUCUCACAUUACAUUUUCCGCCUAUUUUCAAACAGUGACAUAACUUUCCAGAAUGCAGCAAUGUCUUUAGAGUGGAACUUGAGUAGCAGUCUGUAAUGUGGAGUCUGUAAAGGAGAGAGAGAGAGAGAGAGAGAGAGAGAGAGAGAGAGAGAGAGAGAGAGAGAGAGAGAGAGAGAGAGAGAGAGAGAGAGAGAGUUGUUGGGAGGGAUGGGGCUGUAAAGGAACAAGGAGUAUGUACUGCUGUUGUGAUGCCGUAAGAGAAAGAGGUUGUCUUGGGGGACCAAGCAACAGUCCUUACCUUUUAUAUAAAUACCUUUUAUGUCUAGUUCUGCUGCACUUAUUCAGUAAUUGUGAUUUUGUUUUUUGUUGCUAAUAGUGCACUUGGCAAAAUGAUAUGAACACAUUGUUCCCCACCCCUGCCCCUUUAUUUGCUGGGUAGCCUUCCUAGGAUGUGUUCAGAAACCAACCCGAAAGCUCUCUUUGGCAAACGUCAGACAAUAGUGGGCCCAAGCCAUAAGCAUCGCUGCUGCACAUCGUCUGUCUUAUCUCUGUGGGAUAUGCAUCCCAAUUGUAUGCAUGUUUCUAUGGAAGUCCCACAGAGUUCAAUGGGGCUUCUUCCUAAUUCUGCUUGCAUUAGGACUACAGCUUCGGUGAGACUCCUAUACAAGCUCCAUUGAGAGGGAUGGGACUGGGAAGAUAUAUGCCAGCAACAUCUGUGGAUUGCACCCUGUGUCUUUGCACUGGGAAGUGUCAUGGUGUAACAAUAUAUGCCAUUUUUGUUUGUGCUACCAGGUUGUCUGGGUUGUAUCCAGUGUUAAUUCUUACAUAAAGCAGAACCAUUGAAGUUAAUGGGCAUUAAUUUGGGUCCUUUAAUUCUAAUGGGUCUGUUCCCAAAUAUAACUUGGUUGGAUACAUCCUUUAUAUUAUCAUGGUCCCUAGCAGAAGGGUACCGUUACUUAAUCUUAAAUGGCCAGUUUUAUUUUUUUAAGAAAAUAGUUUUUGGCCAUGAAACAUUCUCUUUCUAUUCAGUUCUUUUAAAAAAUAACUUUUGCCCCCUCCCUAAAGUGCAGGAUAUCCAAUGUGUAUUAAGAAAAAAACAACCCUUUUUCAUAGGUUUUUUUUUUUACACUUACAGUGAAAUAUUGAUGUUGUAAUUAAUUCCUUUUUGUGUGACCCUGUGAGGUCACCUUAGAGUUGACAUUUCUUAGUGGUAUGUUAGGAUAGGGCAAUAGAUGGUCAUGCAACAAGAGGAACUGCUUUGUAAAAGAGACAGCCAUGGAACUGUGAAGAAGGGAAAAAAAGGGCUUUCUCAACAGCAACUUCAAAAAUAAAGUCAAUAGGGAGCAUCAUGUUAAUGGGCCAAGUACCGUCAAAUGAUUUGUUUUUACUGAAAUUCAUAAUCAGUUGUGAGAGGUGUGUGUGUAUAAAACUGUCCACGUGCAAUGUAAUUUAACACUGGUGAGAGGGUAGAAGUCCAUCUUUGUGGUGCAAUAUUUUCAAAAAGACCAACUUUCGUAUGUGUUCUGACAUUUUAUGUGUUUCAGUACAAGCUUUUGAGAUACUUUCUUUUGUCAAUUGAUUUUACCAUUGUAUAGCUUAUGACAUGGAUGACCACCUUCUCUUACAAACAAGAUGUGCCUACUUCUAUUGCGGAUUUCUUUUUUUCUUUUUCGGCAAUACUGAAUGAAAAAUAAAUGCUUGUGAUAGCUGUAUAUGACUUGUUACUUUUAAUAAACAUUAAAUUGUAUGCAAAUAAA